AUGAAAUUUCACUGGUCACCCCUCUGCAUCGCUGGUGCGAUCGCAUCGGUGAUCCCUUGUGCCUCUUCUCACGAACUCCAUCUGCCUUAUCUCCCUACGCUGGAGCCAGAAAAUCCAGUCGAAACCUAUAUGUCCAUCAAAUGGGCCAUUCAAAAUGGCUCGCUUUAUGCCAACAAUGACCAGGUCUUCCCACCAGUCAUGUCAAUGCAGCUACAUGCGCCUUUAUAUGAAACCCAUCGCGAUAUUCCCAUUGAGCAAGAGGAUAUCAAGGUUUCCUAUUCAGUCAAAGCCCGUCUCAUUCCCGCCGGUGACAAUGGCUCAAAAAAUGAGAUUCUUCGCAUUCGCAUCGAACUGCUCGACCAGGAAGGCCGCCCGGUCACUCCACACUUGGUAUCUCUCGAUCUGCUUGAUCACCCCGAUGGUACUUAUCGUAUCACUCGCAUUCGACUAGACUCCCCCCGUGGCUCUCGCAGGCCGAGACCAUGGCAGAUGAAGUUCUGGCAAUCUCAAGUCAACACCCUCUUCAACCAAAAAAACAAGCCGGAAUUGUCCGCCCCGACCAACUUACAAAGCCUAAAGCCAAGCCAACUCAUGCUCAAGAAGCCGCCAAGUUGA